AACUGUAAUGUAUUAAGGUGAGGGUAACUUAAUAAUAAAUAGUCUCGUUCCAACCGCCGUUGUUUUACUACGUAUAUCACAUGGCGACGAGGUUUUUCAAAGAUUAAAUCACCAUGCCGAUCGGGAAAGUGCACGAAUUUAAUUUGGACGGGCCUGGGAAUUGGCCAGCGUACGUUCGUCUCGUGGAACAAUUCAUUAAACUCAACGAUAUCGAUAAUGAAUUACGUGUGGCCACGUUGCUUACUCAUGUCGGGGCGGCAACCUAUGCGCUCAUGUGCGACUUGUGUGCUCCCGAUCAUCCGGAAAGCAAAAAGUUCGACGAAAUCGUGACUUUAGUGAAAAACCACCUGGAGCCUAAGCGCUCCGAAAUUGCUGAGCGUCAUACUUUUAGGCAGAGGAGGCAAGGUGAGGGCGAAUCGAUCGGUGUGUUUUUGCAAAGUCUAAAGCAUCUAGCAACCCACUGCAAUUUCGGUGCGAGCCUCGAAGAAAACAUACGCGAUCAGUUCGUAUCAGGGUUACGGAGUGAGGAGAUGCGAUCCAGAUUAUUCGCGGAAGCCUCGCUCGACUACAAGAAGGCGGUGGAGCUGGCGCUGGCGCUGGAGGCGGCCGAGCGGCACGCGGCGGAGGCCGCGGGCGGCUCGCGCGCCGCGCUGUGGCCGGCGGCCGGCUCGGCGAGACUCGGCGCGGGCGACGCCACUGCGGACUCCGGGCUGUUCCGCCACGCGGCUGCGCGCGGCGAGCGCCCGAGGACGAGGGUCGCCUGCUGGCGGUGCUCCAAGGAGGGACACACGCCCAACAAGUGUAGAUAUAAAGUUUAUGUGUGUGAUAAGUGUAAAGUGAAAGGGCAUUUGAGUGUCGCGUGUACCAGAAACCCGAAGGAAGCAGGACAAUCCAGGUACCAAAAUUAUUUUAUUGAAAGUGACUCGGACUCGGAACGUGAGGGGUUCGAGGGGUUAUAUAAUGUCAAUGGUAUCUCAGUUAAGAACUUGAAUGAUGGGCCCUAUUUUUGUGAACUGUUGGUAAACAAUAAGAAAGUACUAUUUGAAAUAGACACAGGGAGUAGAAUAUCGGCGAUAUCCAAGUCAUUUUACGAUCGCUUCUUUUCUAGCAUACCUAUUAUUAUUGAUAAAAUGAAAUUGCAAUCAUACACGGGAGAUGCAAUAGUGCCGCUGGGACGCAUCGAUGUGUGCGUGCGCUGUGUCGGCGAUGACAACACCGGCCGGCCGUCAGCUGACGCCUUGUUACCGUUAUUUGUGAUAGAACGAGGCGGGCCGCCAUUACUAGGCCGUCGUUGGUUACGAGAACUUAAAUUGCAAUCAAUUAAUUUAUUUCACAUCAAUGAUGACAUAGAUCCGGUAGUGUUGCAAUUAAGAAACGAAUUUCCCGAGGUAUUUUCGGAGAAAUUAGGCACAUUUAAACAUAAAAUUAAAUUGCACGUAAAAGAUAAAACGCCUAUAUUUUAUAAAGCCCGACCACUUCCCUUAGCGCUGCGAACUCCGGUCGAGCGUGAGUUAGAACGUUUACAAAGUGAGCAAGUUAUUUACAAGGUGGAUCGCUCGGACUAUGGUACGCCGAUUGUACCCGUGAUUAAACCAGAUGGGUCAAUACGGCUGUGCGGCGACUAUAAAAUAACAGUCAAUAAAUUAUUAAAAGAUGUUCAUUACCCCUUACCACGUAUUGAACAAUUGUUUGCAGCGUUAAGCGGGGGAGAAGUAUAUAGUAAAUUAGAUUUAAAAACUGCAUAUUUACAACUUUUAUUAUCUGACGAUUCACAAUCACUUACUGCAAUAACAACACAUGUUGGAACGUUUGUUUAUCGAAGGGCGCCCUUCGGUUUGAAAUGCUUACCUGAAAUCUUUCAAAAAUUAAUUGAAGAGACGCUAGUUGGUCUUAAUUGUUGCUGUUUUAUUGAUGAUAUUUGCGUUACUGGUAAAAAUAAAAGUGAGCAUUUACAAAACCUAAGGGCAGUCUUGUCACGAUUGAAAGAAGCAGGGUUAACUGUAAAAUUUGAGAAAUGUGAUUUUUUUCAAAAAGAAGUAUGUUAUUUAGGAUAUAGAAUUAACAAACAUGGGUUACAUACUGAUAGCAGUAAAGUGGACGCUAUUAGGGACAUGCCUGCACCUGAAAAUGUUGCACAGUUGAGAGCUGCUUUGGGUUUCAUUAACUAUUAUGCUCGGUUUAUACCAAACAUAAGUAGUAUUUUACAGCCAUUAUAUACACUUUUAAAAACGGGCACAAAAUGGGUGUGGUCAGACGCCUGUAGUGAUGCAUUCAAUAAAAUUAAAAUGAAAUUAAUGAGUGAUCCCGUGCUAGCUCAUUAUGACAGUGCGCUACCAUUAGUGCUGGCGGUGGACAGCAGCGCGUACGGGCUGGGCGCGGUCCUGUCGCAGCGGCACCCGGACGGCGAGCGGCUGGUGUGCUGCGCCUCGCGCACGCUCAGCCAGGGCGAGCGCGGCUACAGCCAGAUCGACAAGGAGGCGCUCGCGAUCGUGUACGGCGUCACACGUCAUCACCAGUACUUAUUCGGUCGCAAAUUCACUUUACGAAGUGAUCAUAAAGCCCUUAGUUACAUAUUCGGUCCUAAAAAGGGUAUUCCGCAAACGGCGGCUAGUCGUUUACAGCGUUAUGCAGUGCGGCUGGCGGCGUACGAUUUUGAUAUCGAAUAUGUUUCUACGCACAAAAACGGCAACGCAGACGGGUUAUCAAGACUACCGCUAUUAAAAGGUAAGGCGGAACCGAAUAUUGGAGAAGCUUCGUUUCUACAUUUUGUAGAAGACAGUUUCCCACUAUGCUAUAAAGAUGUAGCUCAUGAACUAAGGCGAGACAAAAUUCUUUGUAAAAUUUAUGGCUACAUAAUGAGUGGGUGGCCUAUGGAGAUUACGGAGGAGCAAGAAAAACCAUAUUUUUAUCGUCGCGAGAAUUUAUAUAUAGAACAUGGCUGUGUAUUAUGGGGUUACAGGGUGGUCAUACCGUCCUCGCUUCGGUCUCAAGUGCUGGAGGAAAUUCAUACAGGUCACAUGGGAGUGGUGCGCAUGAAACAGGUAGCUCGCAAUUACGUGUGGUGGCCGCGCCUGGACGCCGACAUAGAGGAGCGCGCGCGCAGCUGUGCCGCGUGCCGCGAGCAGCGCGACUCGCCGCCGCACUCCGCGCCUGUACCAUAUUCGUGGCCGACCGAACCUUGGGAAUAGCGCACAUGCGAGUACCCAGAAGGAGCCGGCGGUAGCCAUGUUGGGACGGCGUUUACGGGUGCGAUUAGAUCUGCUUCGUG